CUGGUUAGUGGUUUGUUUCUGAUCUCAUUGAGUUUGAGAAGACAACGCAAAAUUGAGAACCGACCAUUCUUAAUGGGUCAUCGAAGCCUUAAUCACAAGCUGACAUGGCACGAUCAGGACCGUUUGUCAAUGUCACUGAAAAUGAAGUGCCAAAAAAGAACUGCGUAACAUGAAGCCACUUCCAUUCAUUUCCUCCUUAAGCAUACUGUAGUGCUCACGAAGCACUUCACGAGCGCAUGCCCACCAAAGCAAAGCCAAAUAUUUAUUCCAAGUCUGAAUCUUUUGGCCCCUGAUAUUCCAAAUCCGGAAACUUCAGAUCUCGGGUAUACCUUUGUGAUCCAGAAGUAUUGUUUUUUGUUUUGCUCUGAGCAUUGCUUUCCCGGAAAACGGUUUCCGGGAAAAUAAGUGAAGGAAGGGCGCAAUUGGGGUUUGGAGAAAGUUGGGAGAUGAGGCGAAGAACGACGGAUUUUCGUAGGCCAGUGCGUAGGAGGGUUCCAGAUGCGUUGUGGUGGGCAUUGUGCUGUGCAGUGAUUCUUCUCUUUGUCUAUAUUCUCAGCAAAGGGAACAAAAUUGAGUCCAGACCCGCUUUGACAAAGAGACCUUACAAGCAUGAUAAGAUUAUGGAAAGCCUUAAUAUUACUGAAGAGAUGUUAAGCUCUAACUCAGUCACAAGACAACUUAAUGAUCAGAUAUCCCUGGCAAAAGCUUUUGUUGUAAUUGCAAAAGAAAGUAACAAUCUCCAAUUUGCUUGGGAAUUAAGUGCCCAGAUCCACAAUUCGCAGAUGCUCCUCUCAAAUGCUGCCACUAGGCGUGUUCCUUUAACAACCAGGGAAACAGAUAGGGCUAUCCAUGAUAUGGCAUUAUUGUUAUACCAGGCCCAGCAGCUCCAUUAUGAUAGUGCAAACAUGAUCAUGAGAUUCAAAGCAAAGAUUCAAGCUCUUGAGGAACAGAUGAAUUCUGUUAGUGAAAAGAGUUCAAAAUAUGGACAAAUAGCUGCUGAAGAAGUCCCAAAAAGCCUGUAUUGUCUUGGUGUCCGGUUGACAACAGAAUGGUUCAAAAACUUUAAUUUGCAAAAGAAAUUGAAGGACAAAAGGCAUGUGGAGAUGAAGCUUAAGGAUAACAAUCUUUACCACUUUUGUGUUUUCUCUGAUAACAUUCUUGCAACUUCAGUUGUGGUCAAUUCAACUGCAAUGAAUUCAAAAAACCCUAAUAUGAUUGUUUUCCACCUUGUCACUGAUGAAAUAAACUAUGCUGCAAUGAAGGCAUGGUUCACUAUGAAUGAUUUCCGUGGGGUGACAGUUGAAGUUCAGAAGUUUGAAGACUUUAGUUGGUUAAAUGCUUCAUAUGUUCCUGUGCUCAAGCAACUUCAAGAUUCAGAAAUACAGAGCUACUACUUUUCUGGCAAUAGUGAUGAGGGAAGGACACCUAUCAAGUUCCGAAACCCUAAAUAUCUUUCCAUGCUUAAUCACCUGAGAUUCUACAUCCCUGAAGUUUUUCCUGCACUAAAGAAGGUGGUGUUCCUCGACGAUGAUGUUGUGGUUCAGAAGGAUCUUUCUGGUCUUUUCUCCAUUGAUUUGAAUGGGAAUGUAAAUGGAGCUGUUGAAACAUGCAUGGAAACAUUUCACAGAUACCACAAAUACUUGAACUAUUCCCAUCCUCUUAUACGCACACAUUUUGAUCCUGAUGCUUGCGGUUGGGCAUUUGGGAUGAAUGUGUUUGAUUUGGUUGAAUGGAGGAAAAAGAAUGUAACUGGCAUCUACCACUACUGGCAGGAAAAGAAUGUAGACCGGACAUUGUGGAAACUCGGUACCUUGCCUCCUGGAUUAUUGACAUUUUAUGGAUUAACUGAACCCUUGGAUCCAUCAUGGCAUGUUUUGGGUUUUGGCUACACCAAUGUUGAUCCUCAGUUAAUAGAGAGAGGAGCUGUACUUCACUUCAAUGGGAACUCCAAACCAUGGUUGAAGAUUGGGAUUGAGAAGUACAAGCCUUUAUGGGAAAAAUAUGUUGAAUACUCUCAUCCGUUAUUGCAACAGUGUAACUUUCAUUGAUUUUGAAUACUUGAAACCUUGGUGGAAGAUUCAGAUUCAGAAGUAGUAGCCCCUAUUGUUGGGGUAGGAGAAUGUGUCACUAGCUGUUUAUGGAACUGGUAGGCUUGGUGAUCCCCACUGGAGAUGCAAAUUGAGGUCUUAAUUCGUAGUCAGAAAUGCUUGUACAAUUUUAAAUGGUCAAGCAUGUGUGGUGGCUUUAACUUGGUGCCUUCAUUGAAUCUGGAUCUUCUGUUGUAGCAUAUAGAUGUUUAUUUGUCACGUAUUAGACUAUAUCAGUUCAUAGUUUUUAAGUGUAGUCAAAGGAUGAGAUCAGCUGCAAACUGUUUAUUGUUCACUACUGUCCUGUGCAAGACCAGAUGUUCUUUCCCAUGGCAUUCAUUUGCUGAAACUUUAUCCUGCUAUUCUUGUUGCCAUUUUUUCAAAAGAAAUUACUGUCAUUAUAGUUCUCAUGUAUCACAAAACUACCUAGUUUAUUUAUUUCAGAAACAGAUUCCAGUUGCAUUUGUUGUCCUUUAUGGAGAAUGUUUCUCUCGCAUGCUUGUGUACAAGUAUGUUACGGAUAUUUUGUACCUCAUAUCAAUAUUCCAAAGAUCUGGUUUAGCUUAUUAAUAAAAUCUAUGAUUGUUAAUUCAAA